AUGGCGGCCCUCGUCUCCCGCAAUAUCGUGACUCGCCGACCUGGCAGUUGUAAUACGAAGGUCGUUGCAGACGUGAGGCGGCGCCUUGUUAGCGCCUAUCCCUUUGGCCUUGGACAUGACGACGUGUGUGUGAAGAAAUUGACUUGGCACUGCACGCAAGACAAAAACAGGCUUCCAGAAAGCAGGUUGGGUAAUAUUCGGGUAACAGGGCGGGUGACCCGUGUGGCGGGAGUCGUAUCAAAGUCAGAGAAUGAUUCGACCUGUCAAGGUAUACCCGCAGUAUGCGACUGUCCAGAAUGCGAUCUCAAGGCUGGCGGGACGGGAAGCUCUGUAUCGCCACUGGCGCAAUAG